CCAGGCCGGCUCAGCCACCGACCGCUCCCAGCUAGGGGACACCAGAUCCCGCGAGGACUCUCGGCGCGCUCUCCACGACCUUCCACCGGCCUGAGGAUCAGGCCUUCUGCCUUCCCCGCUCCGGGACCGCAAUGACGGCCACGCUGAUUCUGGAGCCCGCGGGCCGCUGCUGCUGGGACGAGCCGGUGCGCAUCGUCGUGCACGGCCUGGCCCCCGAGCAGCCGGUCACGCUGCGCGCGUCCCUGCGCGACGAGAAGGGCGCGCUCUUCCGGGCCCACGCGCGCUACCGCGCCGACGCCGCCGGCCAGCUGGACCUGGCGCGCGCGCCCGCGCUGGGCGGCAGCUUCGCGGGGCUCGAGCCCAUGGGGCUGCUCUGGGCCCUGGAGCCCGAGAAGCCUUUCUGGCGCUUUGUGAAGCGCGACGUGCGGACGCCCUUCGCCGUGGAGCUGGAGGUGCUGGACUGCCACGGGCCCGAGGCCGGGCGGCUGCUGGGCCGGGCGGUACACGAGCGCGACUUCUUGCCGCCAGGUGAGGGGCCCUCCCCUGGGAUCAUCGAUCUGUUUGGAAUUGGUGGUGGCCUUUGUGAAGAUAGGGCAAGCCUCCUGGCUAGACAUGGUUUUGCUGUGCUUCCUCUGGCUUAUUUCAGAUUUGAAGACCUCCCUGAACAUUUGAAUAACAUGCAUCUGGAGUACUUUGAAGAAGCAGUGGACUUUAUGCUGCAGCAUCCAAAGGUGAAAGGCCUUAGUGUUGGGCUUCUUGGCUUCUCCAAAGGAGGUGACCUAUGUCUCUCAAUGGCUUCUUUCCUGAAGGGCAUCACAACCACUGUACUUAUCAAUGCCUGUGUGGCCAACACAGUGGCUCCUCUGCAUUACAAGGAUAUGAUUAUUCCUAAUCUUGGCAAUGAUCUAGGAAAACUAAAAAUCACUGAGUCAGGACAUUUCACUUUUUUGGAUGUUUGGAACAAUGCUCUGGAGGAACCCAAUCACUUAAGUCUUAUUCCAUUGGAAAAGACCCCGGGUCCCUUCCUGUUUAUUGUUGGCAUGGAUGAUCAGAGCUGGAAGAGUGAAUUCUAUGCUCAUAUAGCUUCUGAAAGAUUACAAGCCCAUGGGAAAGAGAGACCCCAGAUAAUCUGCUACCCAGAAACAGGUAAUUGUAUUGACCCACCUUAUUUUCCUCCUUUUAGAGCCUCUGUGCAUGCAGUGGUCAAAAAAGCAGUAUUCUAUGGAGGUGAGCCAAGGGCUCACUCAAGGGCACAGGUGGAUGCCUGGCAGAAAAUUCAAAUUUUCUUCCAUAAACAUCUCAAUGGUAAAAAAUCUGUCAGGCACAGCAAAAUAUAACGUUGCAACCACAGACCAGAUACCA